AUGAAAAGAAAAGUAGAAUUAAAAUUUUUGGGUGGCCUAGAAAGCUAUUUGGAAAAUAAGGAAAAAAAUUAUGUGACAUUAGAAAUUGAGUCAGAGAAAUUUUCUUUUGAAAAUUUAGCUGCCUACAUAAGAAACCACAUACUUGUUGAAAGAAAGGAUGUAUUUGCAGAUUAUGUUGUAAGUGACGGUGCCGAUUUUUGCAAAGUACUACUUGACAAAGUAGAACGUGAUAACUAUAACUUAAAUGAGAAGGCAAAAAUAAAACCUGGUAUAAUAGUUUUAAUUAAUGAAUAUGACUGGGAAAUUAUGAAUACAUAUGAAUAUAAGAUUAAAGAUGACGACAAAUUAUGCUUCUUAUCAACGUUGCAUGGAGGCUGA